AUGCAUGUCGUGACGUUGGCGACCAGCAAUCCCUCCAUUCGGUGUCUCAUGGCCCAUUCAUUCAAUGUCGAUGUUGGUGUCGGUGUCUACGUAGAUUUGCUCCGAGUGCAGCUACUCGGGCCCUCAAUCGUCUCCAUCUCCCACGACUCCUUCCACGGGAUUUCGUCACAUUCCCAUCCUCGCAAUUCUCCUCGGACACCUCCUCCUUCUCCACCUCUUUCCCCAUUCUGCCAAUCUCCUCCUUCAUCAAACAGCACUUUGCCUUACUACCCCUCUUCCUCUUGUCGGCCUCACUCUUCCUUGCCUUAUUCAAGCCCCCACCUUCCCACCCGCAUCCAUCCCCUACUAAGAUUUGUGACCGUAACGUCCACAAUGAACGACUUCUAUGCGCGAAGAAAUUGA